UUUUGGAAUGCGUCAACGUGCCAGGGAAUCAAGGCGAUCAGUUCUCUGUGCAAGUGGCGGUUGGACCGAAGGUUUUCUCCACGGGUCCCCAGUCGUCCGUGAAGGCAUCUCUGGGGGAUGCACUCCUGCUGCCCGCCUUCAAUGCAGAGUUCUCCUUCCCCGUGCUGAACCUGGUGGAUCCAGUGCUCCUCUCACUCCUCGACUCACAAGGAACCAUCCUCAGUCAGACAUCCCUCAGAGUGCCUGUCAUAGUGGAGAAACGAUUUCGAGAUGAGAUGCUGACGUGGACCAAUGGCGCGCGAGUUCAUGUCAAGUCCAGCUUCAUGCUGACAGGAAUGGAGAAAGCCAGAAUCGCAUCCAUGGUUCGCCAGCAGGUUGAGUCGAGUCAGAAAGGCGUGGGAGCAAGCGGCAAGGCGGAUGAUGGGAGUGAAAGGUUGAGGGUAAUGGAUGGAGAGGAGGGGGGGAAGGGGGAGGAAGCUCGGAAGGAACAGGGAGGGGAAGAGGGUGGAAAGGAGGGCGGAGGGGAGGGGGGAGAUAAGAGGGUAGAGGAAGGGACAGCAGAGAGGGGAGGUGAGGUGGGGAAGGAAGAGGAAACAAGGGAGGAAGCGGACGUGCAGUUGACGCAUGCCUCUCCCUCUCCCUCUGCCUCUGCGUCUGCGUCUGCCUCUGCUUCUGCCUCUGCCUCUGCUUCUGCCUCUGCCACCCCACCCACCGUUGUCACUCCCACUCUGUCUCCCUCUAACGUCUCCCUUCCUGUCUCUGCUGCUAGAGCCACGUCAUCACCAUCAACACGAGCAGCAGCAGCACCAGCAGCAGCAGCAGGGCUAUCAGCAGCUUCGUCCACUCUAGCACGGGUGGCGCAGGAGGACGGGUUUGUGGUGGAUAACGAGGCGCCUUUUGUUCCAACGACGUGGAUUGGCAGCAGCAGCAGUGGUGGUGGUGGUGCAAGCAGCUGUCGCCUGGGCGAUUUCCUUUUUGGCACAACGCGAGAGGAGCCCCCUUCCGAAUUCCCGCACCGUAGUGAUGUCAGUGGGUGGCGGAGAGGCAUGGGCAGGGGCGCGCUGGGGAGGGAGCAGGGGGAGCUUGCGGGGAGAGGGGAGGGUGCUGUGGGUAGGGCGGGGGUGAUGGGGCGGAGGGAGGGUGUGGGGCGGGGAGAGGGUGUGGGGAGGGGGGAGGGUGUGGGGAAGGGGGAGCACCUGGGGUUGCUGCUACAGCGGUGGGCAGAGGAUGACCGAUUUUGGGAGGAGGUGCGCCGACAGCGGAGGGAGGGGCAGGGAGCGCGGGGGGUACAGCAGGGGGGACAGGGGGGCCAUCGGGUGUUGAGGAGAGGCCAGGGCGCUGGUGGUAGUGCCGGCAGUUUGAGAGCACUCGUGGGAGGCCCAGCAAGGUCGGAAGGGAGUGUUGUGGGCAGGUUGGAAGGAGGAGGAGAUGUGAGAGGAGGAGGACGAGGAGGUGAGGAAGGAGGGGGGCUGUUAGGUGGAGGAGUGGCAAUGCCAGUGGCAGCAGCAGAGACAGCAACUGCUGAGACAUCUGCAGUGGAUCCGGCUUUGGCAGGGGCUGAAGCAGGAGCAGGGGGGAGCAUGUCAGUAGCAGGCAGGGCAGCAGCAGUGCCAUCACCACUAGCGUCACUGCACGAAGGGCCAACCUUCCCAGAAGGUUCAGCCACCCAUGGAGCGGCAGCAACGGCAGGUGUAGGUGUAUGUGACGCAACCAGUUUGCGCUCCAAGGAGAGGCAGGGCGUUCACAGCAGCAGGAGGAGGGACAGCAGCAGGAGGGACAGCAGCAGGAGGGAGAGCAGCAGGAGAGACAGCAGCUGCCCCAGCAGCAGCGCUGCAACCGAUGCUGCCACCUAUGGCCAAGCCGCGUCCCCUUAUAAACAGUCUCCUUGUAAGAGAUCCCCGCUGAAGCGACGCCCGCGCGCCAGCCAAGGGGCUGUGAUUGGGAGCGGUGAGAUGGUGAACCAGAGCGGUGAGAGGGCGUAUGGCGGCCGGUGGAGUGUCAGCAGUGGCUGGACUGGGACUGGCAGCUCUAGCAAGAGUGGCUCUGGCAUUGGUAGUCAUAAUGCGAGUCUCUGCAACGGCAGUGGGAGUGCUAGGAGAAGAGGGGGGAGAGGAGGGAAUGAAGAGAAGGAAGGAAGGAAGGGGGAGGGAGGGAACGCAGAGAGGGAGGGGGAGGGGGUGGAGAGGAGGCAGCAGGUGGGGCAGCGGAAGGGGAUGAGGAGGGUGAGGAGGCGGGCAGUAGCGGAGAAGGUGGGGGUGGUGGGGCAGGUGCAGCGGUGGAUGGAUGGGCUGGGACCUAUCGCCAAGCAUGUGAGUGCGAGUGUGGUGGGGCAGGCAAGCGAAUGUGAUUAUGAUGGGGCAGGUGCAGCUGUGGAUGGAUGGGCUGGGACCUAUCGCCAAGCAUAUGGUGCAAACAAGGCAGGAUGUGAUGGGAUGGUGCAGCAAUGGAUGCAUGGGCUGGGGCCUAUGGCCAAGCAUGCACUCGCCAUAGGAGGAGUGGUUGUGCUGGCAGCAGCAGCGGUGCUCAUGCCUCGCCCGCCCUGCCUCAUGGUGCUCGCCAUUGGAGGGGUGGCUGUGUUGGCAGCAGCAGUGCUCAUACCGCGCUCUCCUUCCCAGUGCUGGUUUUUGUCUACAUUCGCUCACAUCUCCUCUCCCCCCCCCACUUCUCAGGUGCUGGCCAUUGGAGGGGUGGCUGUGCUGGCAGCAGCAGUGCUCAUACCGUGCCGUCCCAGGCAGCAUGUGGAGGCACUGACGCCCCUGCAGGUGGCGCAGAGAAUGAGUACAGAUAUAUCAAAUGUUAGUGGUUCAUAUGCUUUCUUCCUUGCCCUCUUUCAACUCUCCUUUUCCUCCCUGAUUUCUCCUUUCGACUCCCUUUCCCUCCCCUCUCUCCUGUUCCCCGCUCCCGUCCCCGACCCCACUCCCGCCUCUCUUCUCAUGUGGCGUGCCGCUGCAUGA